CUUGAUGAUAUGUACCCAGCUCAACCAAGGGCUCUUCCAAUGGCCAAUUGUUUUUUUGGACCUUUGUUUACCGUGUUCGCCUCUCUGUUAAUGUUGACCGCAGGAAUUGAGUAUUUGGUAGGAAUAAUUAGAAGGAAGAAGGUUAGCUCUCUCCAUAAAUCAGGUUCUCAUCCGUAUAUUGACGGAAAAAAUGAUGACCGUAAUAUAAAAAGAUUUGACGAGUGUAAAGCCGAUGGACAUGUGGAAAAGAAAUAUGAUGAAUAUUUAGAAAAAGACGUAUAG